CACUCAGGGCCCUUGGCCCCUGGACUGAAGGCUUUAUCCUUAAGAUGAGAAGGGUCAGCUCAGGGGGUUUGGGGGAGGGCGUUUUAUCUUCCCCGUUGUCUUUUGAGGUUCUGAUCUCUGGGUAAAGAGGCCAUUUAUCUUUGUAACAUAAAACAUUUUUGCUUUCUCCAGUUUUCUGUUAAUGGCGAAAGAAUGGAAGCGAAUAAAGUUUUACUGAUUUUUGAGACAAUAGCACCCAGCGCUUUCAUUAUUGAAACAUCCCGUGUGGGAGGGGCGGUUAUGGGUGGGGCGUUCCGCGUGACUCUUAGGUUGGAGGCCCACGUGGCCAGGGCGGGGACUCGGGCGCCCGGGGCACAGACUGAUUGCGUAGCGGGCGGGGCCGGAAGUGCCGCUCCCUGGUGGGGGCUGUUCAUGGCGGUUCCGGGGUCUCCAGCAUUUUUCCCGGUUGUAGACCUGAAUCUGUCCGAAACGGAGGCAGCGGAGCUUGAGGAUUCUUACCGAAAACAGGUGGUUAUAGAUGGUGAAACCUGUCUGUUGGAUAUACUGGAUACAGCUGGACAAGAGGAGUACAGUGCCAUGAGAGACCAAUACAUGAGGACAGGCGAAGGCUUCCUUUGUGUGUUUGCCAUCAAUAAUAGCAAGUCAUUUGCAGAUAUUAACCUCUACAGGGAGCAGAUAAAGCGAGUUAAAGAUUCAGAUGAUGUACCUAUGGUGCUGGUAGGAAACAAGUGUGAUUUGCCAACAAGGACAGUUGACACAAAACAAGCCCAUGAACUGGCCAAGAGUUACGGGAUUCCAUUCAUUGAAACCUCAGCCAAGACCAGACAGGGUGUCGAAGAUGCCUUUUACACACUGGUAAGAGAAAUACGUCAAUACCGAAUGAAAAAACUCAACAGCAGUGAUGAUGGGACUCAAGGUUGUAUGGGGUUGCCAUGUGUGGUGAUGUAACAAGAUGCUUAGACAGUUAUAUCAUCAGAAAAGAGCCACUUUCAAGCUGCACUGACACCUGGUCCUGACUUCCCUAGAGGAGAAGUAUUCCUGUUGCUAUCUUCAGUCUCAAAGAGAAGCUCCUGCUACUUCCCCAGCUCUCAGUAGAUCAGUACAAUAUUCUUUAUUUGAGAAGUUCUCAGAAUAACUACCUCCUCACUUGGUUGUCUGACCAGAGAAAUGCACCUCUUGUUACUCCCCAGUAUUUUCUGCCUUGGGUGUCCUCCUUCCCCCCAACCCAACCCCUCCCUGCACCACCCCAGGUUUUUCAUCUGAAAAACAAUUCAUGCUUUGAAACAGAGAACCAAACUGUAGACAUGAAAUUCUGUUGGAAACAGUGUCUUGAGCUCUAAAGUAGCAACUGCUGGUGACUUUUUUUUUCUUUUUACUGUUGAACUUGGAACUGUGUUGGUUUUUGGAGAAAUGUCAUAAAUUACUUACUGUUUUGCAGAUAAUAUAGUUAAUGUUGCUGUUUGGUUUGUUUAUAAUGCUCUCGGCUACAUUCUCUAAACUGGCAUCUGCUCUGUAUUCAUAAAUACAAAAGUGAAUACUGACUUUUGAGUCUAUCCUAGUCUUCUCAACUUCAUGUAAUUAAAUCCAACUUUGACAACAAAGUGCCUUUUUCCCAGAAGACUUUCUUUACAGUAGACUUCCUUUAUAGUACUUCAGUGGAGUUGAUGUCUCAGAAAACAUUAUGAAAAUGAAUGUCUGAAAUAUAUUUAUGUUCAGUCUGUCCUUUGAAGGAAAGAUACAUCUAUAUGGUAGCAGAUGCCAUUUCUUACAUGUAUUAAGUUGGUCUUCCAGGGGCCUGUUUUUGGGCUCUCCAAGGAGAAAGUGGAAACUGGAAACAAUUAUGAAUAAUCUCACUUAAUUUUUACCUAAUCUCCACAAUUUUUUGUAGGCUACUACCUAUAAAUUGUACAUUAUUUGUUUCUUCUAGUUUACUGAUAAACCUAUGUUCGAUGAACUUGCACUUAUAUUCAAAUUUGGGUCACACCAGAGAGCUCUGCAUUUGCAGGUGUUCAGAUAUUGUAAAAAAGUUGGGUGCAGUUUUGUUUAAUAUCUGUGAUUAAUUCUUUUCAAGCCUCAAAUGCAAUAUAUUAACAGACAAGUUACAUUUUUACUGCAUAUCAUGGUAUCUUGAUGAUGUAUAUAACUGUUGCCCUCAAUCUCCUUCUCAUCCCACCCUGUGCCCCUCACCCCACAUCAACGGGUACUUGAUUAGUUAUUACAUUUGGGUAAAGUAUGGUGCUGAUGAACCAGGGUCACAGUUUCAAAACUUGAACAAGCCAGUUAGCAUCACAGAGAGAGAAAUUCUUCCACAUUAGCACAUUGCACCAGUAAUUCCAGGUAGUAGUUCUGCCAGAUGCAUGCUGUAGGCCCUUGCAAGGAAAGAGGUCACUUAGCACAAAUCCUGCACCAUGACUUGGUAUACUAAGGAAGCUCAGUUUAGAAUUCUUUAUGAAUAAAGUACUUAGACAUUUUUUUAAGCCAUGUAGAAAUUCUAAAUUAAGCCAGUGGUUUUUUCGUGUUAAAUAUUUUUUUGAGAAUGAGAAUGCCUCAAAUCAAAACUAAAAAGUUUUUCUUUAUACAUAAUGUCCUCUGAAGGAUUUAAAACAAAUUUUGAUUAGUCUAUGCAUACCAGAUAUCCAGAGCUGAUGAGUUUGUUCCAAAUAAGUAGUCUUUGAAUUGAAAUUGCUGUUUGAGAAAGGAAUAAAAUACAAAAUAGACUUUGAUAGCUUUUGAUAAAAGGAUAAUUCCAAAUGGCCACUCUCUGUUCUAUAAUCUUCUAAUUCUAAAUACUCGCUAAGGUCCUCCAUCUAGUUUGAAUCUUCAUUUGAUAAGCAAACUUGAUAUUACCUUGAAAGGAAUUAAGAAGAGGGGAAGAAACAUACUGUGCCCAGAGAAUAAUAAACCUGGAGAGUUGUGCUCCUUAGUGCUGAUUCUGGGAGCUUUCAUAGCACCAUUAUUGCCUGUAAACAGAAGCUCUCUCUUUUUUCUCCUUUUGGAGCAUUGCUCUGAUGUUUUCUUGAGGCUUGGUUGAGGCUUACAACCUCAACCGAUCUUCUUUUUUAAAGUGUCUAUAUGACUGUUAGCUUGACUCUUCCUAAAAAGUCUAUUAAAUUUAAUGUUAAAUUAAGGAGAAAGAGAUAGUUACUCAUUUCAGGCUCUUGUGCCCUUAUCUCCUUAUAGUUUUCUAAAGUAUGUUCUAAGCACAGCAGUAUCUAAAUAGGGCCAAAAGUCAGACUUGAAAAUGUUCUUCUAUUAUCAUCUUAAGUUGAGCUUAGGUAUGAGUUUUGGCACAAUAGUGUGACAAAACUAUAGUUUAAAAAACAGCUGAAUAACUUCAGUUAGUGUGAUAUAUAAAAUGUGGUGUUUUGAAUAUGUUUGUGAUUACUGAAAACAAUGUUAGGUUACCUCAAAAUCUGAAAAUCUGUUUCCCCAAGUUAAGUGCCUGGCCAGCUGUCAUAAAUUACAUAUUCUUUCAUGUAUUUUUUUUUUUUUAAGGUUGCAAGUUUAAGAGUAAAAUUAAGAUGUUCUGUUUAUCUAAAGGCUACCAUAACUAAUCUGUUAAUCUGUUAAGUGCUGUUUUACUCAAAGCUUAUUAUAGAAUGUUACUUGGUAAUAAAAUAUCAUACUUAAUUACAAUUAGCACUUUUAGGAGUAUAAUAGGUAAAAUUAAUCAUAAUUUUACUUUAGUGGGCCCCAUAGUCUUUCACCAUCCUUUCAACUGCUGUGAAUUUUUUGUCUUGACUUGAAAGCAAGGACAGAGAAAAACUUUAAAGAGAUAUUUUGGGUUUUUCCCAUUCCAGAAUUUUUUAGCAUAAUCGUAUUUUGCUUCACAUUUACGGUCAUGAACAUAUUAGCUGGCAGCUACAACUGAAAACCAAAAAAUGGUGCAGUCUGCUUCUUGUAAUUCAUCUUUGCUAAUAAAUUACAGGAAGCGAGGAUAAUUAAUUAGGGAAAAUAUUUUAUUUAGGUGGUUGCUAUAAACAAGGAACUAUAAUUCUUGUACAUUACUUUUCAUCUUUGCUAAGUUUCUUUAAGCAGUCUAACAUACCACAAAAUUAUUUUAGGAUAUUCUGUUUUCUAUAAGAAUUGUUUUAAAAGUGUUCUCAUUAUCAGAGUAGUUGCGGGUAUAUUUCAAAAUAUAACAUGAUUUUAAAAAGCCUAAGAAGCAAUUAUAUGAACUCUACUCUGGAGGGGGAGGAGGCGCUCAAGUUGUAUGACAUAUUUCUGUGCCAUCAAAUAUAGGUAAAAUAUCAGUUGUGCAGUUCUGCUGUUUAAACGGGAACUAUUGGCCUCCUUGGUCCUAAAUAAAAGGGCUGAUAUUUUAAGUUGACUAUUUUAUUGUAAAUCCAUUCUGAUUUUUUUUUUUAAUUUGAUUGAAUAUUUUUCUUGAUAAAUGAUUUUUUUUAAAUAAAAACUGGAAGUUCUUUGCUUACUCAUAA